AAGUAAACUCCAUCUCUUUCUCCUUCAUUUGUUUCUGUAAUGCUUUCUGUAAGCUCUCAUGUUUCCUUCAAACUCAAUCUCUGGCUUCCAUUCCUUUUACCGCAGCAGCUCUACCCUCUCGAUCAGUUUAAACCGCGCCAUUAACGGCCGCAUCCGGAGCUCCGACCUAGACGGAGCACGGCAGCUGUUUGAUCAGAAUCCCGGAACAAGAAACCUGGUCUCCUGGAACUCCAUGAUCAUGGCUUACUUCAGGAAGAACCAGGGCCGCCACGCAGAGGAGCUGUUCGACGAAAUGCCCCACCGAGAUGUUGUUUCCUGGAACACCAUGCUCUCUGGGUUCCGCCGCGCGAAUCACCCCCACAGAGUCCACGCCUUCUUCCGCCGGAUGAUUGGAGCCGGAGAGAGCCCCAAUGAGCUCACCUUCGCGGUCGCAAUCAGCGCCUUCUUGAGAACAGAGCUCAACGUUCUCGUCCCUCAGCUCCACAGUCGAGUCCUCUGCUCGGGUGUGAACCUGAAUGUCUUCGUCGGGUCUGCCCUGAUGAGGGGAUACACCGACUUGGGCAGCUGCCGGAGCUUGGAUCGCGUGUUCUCUGAGAUUUCCUCUGAGAGAGACGCCGCCCCAUGGAACGUGCUGAUCUUGGGUUACAUGGAGUUCGGGCUCGUGAGCAAAGCCCAACAAGCGUUUGAUCUGAUGACGCCCGAGAAGAACUCUGUCACGUGGAGCACCUUGCUCAACGGGUACGUCAAGAACAAGGAUCUUGGUACAGCACGGCGCGUGUUUGACAAAAUGGGAGAGAAAGACGUGGUCACCUGGACGACAAUGGUGAAGGGGUAUGUUCAGGAAGGAGACUUAGCCGCGGCGCUGGACUUGUUCCUCUUGAUGUUGGCCUCUCAUACCCGUCCCAACCAGUUCACGUUUUCCAGUAUGUUAGACGCGUGCGCGGGUCGCUCGUCUCUAUCCACGGGCAUCCAGGUGCACGCGUGGGUUCUCAAGAUGGGAAUCCCUCUCGAUGUCGUUCUCUCGACCUCGCUCGUCGACAUGUACGCGAAAUGCGGCGACAUCGGGUCCGCUUUCCGGGUGUUCGACGCCAUGGAGGGGAAGAACUUGGCUUCGUGGAACUCGAUCAUCGGGGGAUUCGCCAAGCACGGCCUCGGGACGAGGGCGGUCGAGGAGUUCGAGAGGAUGCUCGAGAGCGGGACGGGGCCCGACGGGAUAACGUUCGUCAACGCGCUCUCGGCGUGCGUUCACGGAGGGAUGGUCGUAGAGGGGGAGAGGAUCUUCAAGUCCAUGGCGGGGGAGCACGGGGUCGAGGCGGAGAUGGAGCAUUACGCGUGCAUGGUGGACAUGUACGGGAGGGCGGGGGAGCUCGAGAAAGCGGAGGCUUUGAUAAGAGAGGUGAUGCCUUUCGAGGCGGACGUGGUCGUGUGGGGCGCAUUCCUCGAGGGGUGUGGCCUGCACUCUUGCCCCCAGGGGCGAGAGGUUGCAGCGAGGCAAAUAAUCAAAUUAGAACGAGAUCACCCGGCAGCCCACUCGGCUUUGUCGUCGUCUACGAACGUACUCCCCCUUGGUGAAAAGGGGGAAAACGAAGCUUGGCGUGCCAAAAAGCAAAAGGCCGGUAGUUGGGUUGAACUCUAGCUAGCGGUUAUUUGCCCCUCGGGGGGUCUUGGGAGAGUGAGUGUACGAAUGGACGAAUUUGCCGUUUCGUGUGGGAUAACAUUUUGAAUUGGCCAACAAAGUCCCACUCCCUUCUUUGAAACAUGGAUUAACUGUCAAGACUCUAUUUUCCAUCUCUGUGGCUUCAUUGUGCUUAGUAUCUCAAGCUCUGUUGAAUUC